AUGUUGCCACUGAUAUCCCGCUAUAAAGCAAAACGACUAAUCCAUCACCUUCCACAGAAACCCUCGGAUACGAGCACGCGCAAGUACAAAAGGCCUUAUGACCUAGGCAUUUCUAUCUCCCGUGUUCCUGUACUCAUUGAUGUUCGAAGCGUCCAUUUUAUCGAUGAUGAUCUGAACAACACGUCGCAACCAGAUUCGGCUAAUGGUGACGCCAAUCGUAUGGAGCUGGAACUAUCUAGUCUCGAUGAAGAAGGAUUGCUGAUGUAUCCAUGCGAGAAUUUGCAGUUGUUUGAUCUCCUUGGGCAACUGCAGACUGUGGGCAAACUUGCUCACGUGGACCAGUUCUCUAAUAAUGUUCCUACAGCCUGCUACCAAGCGCACUUGUGUGUCUCGCCAGAUGGAUCAGGUUUCACUCUCGAGGUGGUUGCGCUAUGGAGGGAUUCUCUUGAGGUCCCGGAUUUGAACCGCUUGACGGAAGCAGACCUGGAAACCUUCACAAGAUAUGUGCUGCAGGAAAAAUGUGUUCGCCCAUCGGAAUUGACCGACCCGCGUGAAUAUCGCAAUAAAAUGUUAGGAAUCCCCAAGGAAUGGUCUCCCCGGGAUUUCUACAGCAAUGUUCACGUUCCUAAUGCUACGGAAAAUUCGACGAAUCUCAAAUGCGCUGAUCUAAAAUGCCAGCUAUACCCGUUCCAAAGAAGAGCUGUUCGUUGGCUUUUACAAAGAGAAGGAAGAGACGUCGGACCAGGUGGCGAGAUUAUGCCUAUUGGAGAACUUCCGAAAAGUGACCUUCCAGCAUCUUUUAGUUCCACGAAAGAUGCGGAUGGAGGAACUUAUUAUUUCAGUCAUCUCUUCAUGGUUCUGACGACAGAUAUCUCAGGGUGGCACGAUGCCGCAGAUAAUUUGAAAGGUGGAAUACUUGCAGAGGAAAUGGGUUUGGGCAAAACAGUCGAAGUGAUUGCGUUGAUAAGUUUGAAUAAGCGAGAACAGCAACUCAAGGCUGAUCUCGACGGGUUGAAACAUACUCGCGCCACUUUGAUUAUCACACCACCCGCGAUUUUUGAACAAUGGAGACAAGAGUUGAAAGAGCAUGCCCCAACUUUGCGUGUUCAUCACUACACUGGCAUUAAACGUGGGAAAGAAACAACUGAUGAUAUGAUUGUCAACGAGCUUGCCGAAUUUGAUGUCGUUCUGACCACCUACAAUGUCAUUGCGAAAGAAAUUCACUACGCGGCGACUCCUCCGAAGCGAUCUCUUCGACAUGAAAAGCGAUUUGUGCAGAGGAAGACACCACUCGUUCGCCUCUCAUGGUGGCGUGUAUGUCUCGAUGAGGCUCAGAUGAUUGAGAGUGGAGUCAGCAAUGCAGCGAAAGUAGCUCGCUUGAUCCCCCGGGAGAUUGCUUGGGCUGUGACUGGUACCCCACUGCGCCGAAAUAUAGAUGACCUGUUCGGUCUUCUCGUUUUCCUCCAUUAUGAGCCGUUCAACUUUUCAGCCCCUUUGUGGAGGAGAUUGUGUGUGUGUUUUGGGCCUGUCUUGGCAAAAAUCAUAAACACAAUCGCUCUUCGGCACAGGAAAGGUCAAUUAUUGGAUGAGCUUCGUCUACCACCCCAAAAGCGCAUUGUCAUCACUACUCCCUUCACGGCCGUAGAAGAACAGCAAUACGGUCAGCUCUUUGAGAAAAUGUGUGAAGAAUGCGGUUUGAACGCCUCAGGAGCCCCCCUUCGAGGCGACUGGGACCCCGAAGAUCCUGUAAUUAUCGAAAAGAUGCGUAAUUGGCUAACAAGACUCCGCCAAACGUGUCUCCAUCCUCAAGUCGGACAUCGUCGAGUGAUGGGACCAGGCUCUGGUCCUUUGCGGACUGUGGAUCAGGUCCUAGAAGCCAUGACCGAGAGCAACGAAGCAGCCAUACGUACGGAAGAACGGUCGCUCCUUUUAUCUCAACUUCGACGAGGCCAACUUCUAGAAAAUGCAAAACGCCGCCAAGAAGCCCUUGCUCUCUGGCAGAAAGCAUUGGAUCAUGCCACUAAGCUGGUUGAAGACAGCAGAGAGCAAAUGCGUCUCCUGACGUCCAAAAGCACUACCAGUGACAAUAACGGGGCUACUCCAGGACUCAUCAAUCCGGAUAAUAAGGAUGAUGAGGACGAGGAGGCAGGCAAUUACAGCCUCAUCCAGUGUCGACAGAAGCUUCGAGCUGCACUUGAGGUCCAGCAUAUUGCAAUGUUCUUCACAGCGAACGCAUAUUACCAAAUCAAGAGCGAUCCGAAUCUGACCCAGCCUGAUUCGGAUGAGUUUAAAGCACUCGAGAAACGUGAAGAUGAUGCCUAUGAGGCUGCAAAAGUCAUUCGGAAAGAGAUGUUGGCUGAUAUUUCCCGGAAAGUCGAGCGCUACAUGAACGAAAUCAAAAUUAAGGCACAAGGCAGACUUUUCGUGAACAUCCCUAAAAUGAAACCCCAUCUCUACAGCAAAGGAGUCGAGUCAUACAAUCUGCUCACCAAAUUUGAAGAUUUUUGCGACGCUCUUAACAAACAUGCUAACCAAUACAAGGAAUGGCGGGAUGUCAUGGCCAGACUGGUCUCUCAGUCACUCAUUGACCAGGAAGAAGAAACAAAGCUGGAGGGUGAUGAAUAUGAGCGGUCAACAAAGCAUCAAGAUGAAAUGUAUGUCUACAUGGAGGCUUUGAGGUCAAUGUACAGCGAUCGUCACGAUGCUCUCACCGGCCAGAAGAACAAUCUCAUUUCCCACGAAGCCAAAUCCGGAAUCGCCCAAGCCCAAAGAGGUGAGGGCCCUUCUCCGCAAUUAUUUCUCAAAAUCAUGGAAACUCGCAGUCAGCUUAUGCCUGAUCCCAAUCUUGGAUCGCUCCGCGAUAUUGUCAGUGAGCUUCGCAAACUUGUGGCAUCGCUGGAGUGGCAAGCCACCUUGGGCAAUUCACGUGCUCGUGCUGAACAUGAAGUUGUGGAAAUGGUACUGAAAAAUGCCGGUCAAAUGAUCGCCGAGCAACUGAAAGUAUCGCACAAGUUGAGUAGAGAAGUUGAAAUGUUCCGCGACACCAUGAACAAUCGACUGGAGUAUUAUCGUCACCUGCAGCAGAUUUCGGAUACAGUGGCUCCAUACGACGAGGAAAAUGCAGGCAAGCCGCUAGAUGAAGCCGCUUUUACCUCGAGGUUGGAGCAAGAGGAAUCCCUUGAAAGCAGAAUUGCUACUCUCAAAUCCAAAGCAAGAUAUCUCAUUCACCUAAAAGAUGAUGAUGGCUCUGACAAUAACGUUCGAGAGUGUAUCAUCUGCCAAUCAACCUUCGAAGUUGGUGUGUUGACUGUGUGUGGUCACAAGUUCUGUAAGGAUUGCUUGCGACUAUGGUGGGCUGCACACCAAAAUUGCCCACUGUGCAAGAAGAAAUUAAAGCGCAAUGAUUUCCAUCAGAUCACAUACAAGCCACAGGGUCUAGUUGUGCAAGAGGAAAAGUCACAUGUCAAAUUGGACCACGAAGGUCAUUCCCAAAAUGCGAUUUACAGUGACAUCAGCUCCAGUCAUCUCAAUGAGAUCAAGAACAUUGACUUGGAUGGAUCUUACGGGACAAAGAUUGACACUUUAGCCCGGCACAUCCUAUGGCUGCGAGAACAUGACCCAGGCGCAAAGUCAAUCAUUUUCUCUCAGUACGGAUCCUUUUUGUCGGUAUUACAGAGCGCAUUCAGAUCCCUUGGAAUAGUCACUACCAGUAUUGACGCUUCGAAUGGCAUUCAGAACUUCAAAACAGACCCGGCUAUUGAGUGCUUUUGUUUACAUGGCAAAGCACAGUCAUCCGGGCUGAAUUUGACCGUUGCGACUCAUGUCUUCCUAUGCGAGCCACUCAUCAACACAGCAAUCGAACUCCAGAUCAUUGCUCGAGUACAUCGUAUUGGUCAAUAUCGACCAACAACAGUAUGGAUGUACCUUGUCUCCGGCACGGUGGAAGAAUCCAUAUAUGAAAUCUCAGUAACCCGCCGACUAGCUCACAUCAUGGAGAAAGAGAAGCAAUACAAGAAAGCACUCUUGGAUCCUCCUACCGAUGGCGACGGUGUUACUGAAGCAGCUAUCGAAUCUGCCAACUCGAUGGAACUACAAGAUGCCACUCUCACAACCUUGAUGCAACGCGGCGACAUAGGUGGAGAGAUGGUGAAAAAGGACGACCUUUGGCAAUGCCUCUUUGGAAAUGCCAAGAAGAAAGAUGGCAUUGAUCUUUCAUCUGAGGCAGAAAGGGAGGUUGGUCGGUUCUUGAGAGGCGAAGCUGCUGAGCAAAGAAUGGAGGGUUGA